CGGUGCUCUUCGCAACUGAACAUUAUUAUGCUUACUGGAUUUUCACGGUGCGUUGUAGUGGUUUUGGAGCUCAUGGGUUUUCUAUUUUAUUGGGUUCAUGUCAUUCUAACAAAGGCUUUUAUAUAUACACUGAAAAAUUUACAUAUUUACUGAAAAAAAUUCUUUAAAAAUUAGGUCCACCCCGCCCCCCUCUGUAUCCGCCACUAAUCACGCGCAUAUUUGUCAUCAUUAAUAUGAACAGACGUAAAAUACAUAUGGAAUUGUUUGGCGAGACAUACUUCAGCAAUUACAUGGAACACUGCUUUUGGGGUCAUAUUAAAUAUUUUGGAUCGAAUUUGCUUCCGAUGGCGUUCCAAGGACAGCUAUAAAAUUACGUUUAGUAAAACGUGUAUAAUCAAUAAUUUCAGUAUAAAUUUCAGUAAUUCUAUUUUUGUUUAGAUGUGUUGAAGAACGUGCUCUAUUUUACAUACACUUUAUCUGUGUUUACAAUUUUGAUUGCUGUUUUAGAAUUAAAAAAAUCAUGAAUUUGGGUCACUUUCUUUUUGACUCACCUAUAAAGGCCUAAAAUUUAUACCUGCUUAUCUGCAUAGGCUUAAUAAUUAUGAUUUUUGUUUUGAGGAUUUUGUGCUGCUUAAAUUUUUGUUAUAUGUGAGCUUGCCAAAUCUUCCGAAUAGAAAGCAUUCACAUGCAUUACGUCCAUCCCUUGACACCCUCAAUGCACUUCGAUGUACGCUUAUUACUUUGGCUAGACUUUAUAGGCUGAUACUCAGCCUAUAAACAUGUCAUCGUUACGCGGUCGCCAUUUUUACGCGGUAUGGCUUUAGAUAAAUGAAUGGGUUUCGCUAACUCGUGUUGACAAUUUUAUCCGAUGCUUUUACGGUAACAAAUGGAGCAUUAAGGGAAUGAGACUGUACUGUGUCGUGACGAUGCCGUGUUUGUUAAAUGGUGCCUGGUUAUUUUCAUCAAGGUAUUGCGCAGGUAACAUCCUGCUUGCGUGGUAAACAUGAGCAUUUCAUAAAGUGUUUCACCGUACCUCCCAACGGCCAAUUCACGUGACACCUGGCGCUAAUGUAUUUAAUUCAAUUUCGUGCACAAAAGAGAAAAAAAUAAGUUAAAUUUGAUAAUUUAGUCCGCCCCCGGCUAUUGUCAGCAGUCAACGAGGUCCGUGGCCAAUGGCAAGAGGACGUGUAUGGCAUAGCAAAGCAUCACCAUUGUUCGCUGAGCUUUACUGGGAGUCGGUACCGACAUAACUGUCAUCGGUAGAUAACAAAUAGUUAAGUCAUAAUAUGUUGACAGAGAAUUAAUAUACGCGUUUGAACAUACAACCGAUAUCUACAGUUUUCACAACGAAAGCUGUCUUUGCAGUGAGACAACGACGCAGCGAUCACUCCAUCGGCUUGGUUUCAUUUUAAGACACUUUCUAAUAUUGAACACGGCCGAGGAUGGCCUUCAAUCAGGGUAAUUCGCGCUUAAGUGUUGGACCUGAGCGAUGACUCUGAUAGUCCGUGUUCUGUAAAUUAGCACAGUGCAGUCGCUGGAAGUAUGGAGAAAGCAACAGCUCUUAAUGGAACCCUUUGGCCCUCGCUGAGCACGCAAGAACCAUUCCGAUUAUACAGAACCUAUGGUGAAAGGCAAAUGUUUGCUGCCUUGUAUAUAAUGGUAUCCAUCAUUGGAGUAGCCGGUAACACGUUCGUCAUUGCAGCAGUCGUGUUAUCGAGGCGACUGCGCACGGUCACCAAUGUGUUCGUGGUAAGCCUCAGUACGAGUGACUUGAUAUCCUGCUUCUUUUUGCCGUGGGAGGCAGUUGCCGUGUUGGGCGAAAAUGGCUGGCCUCUACCACAAGCUCCUUGGAUUUGCGUGACAGCCAGUGCCGUUCUUCACGUCAGUUACGGCUGCAGCAUCAACAGUUUGGCCCUGAUAGCUGUCAACAGGUGGGUGGGCAUCACUAAAUCAGGCUCAACGUCCCGCCGCAUCUACACCCGCCGAAACAUCGCCUUUAUGGUGGCUCUCUCGUGGGCGUUGCCCCUUGGCAUCAUCUCUGUGCCUCUCUUGACCGAUUACGGGGAGCACGGCUACGAGCCCUUGUACAGCGCCUGUGGCUGGGUUAAGGCCAACCCGUACACAACCCCAUUGGCCGUGACUUUCUGCAUCUGCUUCUUUCCCAUACAGCUCUGUAUCAUCAUGUGCUGCUACAUCUCGAUUUUCCGCUACGUGCUCAAGACGUCUCGACGGAUGCUUUCGUACGACACCCAGACCGUCUCUGGAGAGGUGAGCGGUGCGGCUCGCGCCAAACGGAUGAAUAUGUGGAAACGGAAGAUUGCUGUUACCAAGAACCUCGCCUACAUUGUCCUCGCCUAUGUCAUCUGCCAGAGUCCGUACUUUCUUGCCGUGACGCAGCAAAAGUAUGAAUGGGGCAUACGCCUGACCAUGUACUCUAUAGCCAUCUUGUACUGCAACCUGUUGGUGAACCCUGCCAUUUACGCAACCUCGCAUCCUUACUUCAAGGAAGCAUUUACCUUCAUGGUUCGUUGUAAGGACAUUCCGGAGGGUCGCGUGCACUCGCAGAGGACUUUCAGCACAUCGACAUCCACGCGUUAACAUCGUUUAACAAUAAACCAAUGAACGCGCCUGAAGUCCCCAGUCAUAAGAUGCCAGGCUGUUGUAGAGUGGAGUGCCGUGGCCUCGUGGUCUGGGGCAUUGAAUGAGUUGUCUGCGGGUAAUUCUGCAGGCUGUAGUUUGAG